GAUCGACGGGCGCGUGGGUCGCGUUCACGCGGGAGGAGUCGAGGGCGCCUGCGGUCAACUUCACGCCGGAGGAGUCGAGGGCGGACGCCGCCACGGAGUCUAGGAAGGGAUGGCGGACUAGUAGAAUUAUGGCUAAUACUAAAUUCUUCCAUGUAGUCUCUUGCAGACAUCCCAGGUACAAGAAGUAGUGCCUGGAGAACUUAUUAUACCACAUUGGCCUAAAGAACAAUCAACUCCUCGCUUGUGAUACUAGCUACGAAUAUUUUUUCCACCCUCUCCACCAUAUACUCCUAGUUCCACCCUCUCCACGACCCUCACUACAACAUUAUCCUCCAUACUAGAAGUUCUUUCUAAUCAAAGAGAGCCCGGCGAUGUCAGAUCGCUAUGCAGCAGAGCGCACAGAACGAAGACAAGACAAGAAGGCGCACCAACGCAAAGCAGGAAAGCGCGUAGAGACUAAUGAAGCGGAUGCUUACGCGAAUUUCAAUUUUCGAGGAGGCCUGAGAGAGUGGGGACGUAGCCCAGCAGUAAGCGAGGACAGAGGACGCAGAAGCAGCCUGGCAGUUAAGGCUCAACGCAAGAAUAUUGAUCUAAGUCAUGCUCACCUGCACAAAACGUUUUCUCAGUUUUUCUAAAAAGUAGAACUCAUUCUGGGAUAAGGAAUUUACCUAAAAACGAAAAAUUGUAUUCGACGACAGCCCUUUCUCUAAUGAUUGAAGGAAAUUGCUCAAGCGUGCGAGACAGAAGGUAAGAGGCCUCGAGAGGCGUGCUAGCCGAGUCGUGCGACGUGAACGCGGUGGCCGCAACAAGAGGAGAGGGCGUCGUGGUGGCAGAGGCAGAGUGCGCCCUCCACCUGUUAUCAGGGAAGAGAAAGGCCCAAAACCCGGUUGGAAAAGGCUGAUCUGCGGUAAGACCACGGCACCAGAAGAAGAGAAGGAAAAGCCGCGGUUGAUUAGUGGUAAGAAGCAAGAAGAAGUUGGACCAAAAAAAGCUCCUGGACUUGUUGCCAAGUUAAAACGUGUGAUUCCUGGUAUGGACUUCUCGGCUUCAGC